AUUGCACCAUUCCAGUUUAUCCUCUCAUUACUCACUAGCCAACAGUACAAUAAUCAUCAUAUUGUGCGAGAUUUAGUAGUGCACUCACCUGAUAUACUCGCAGCAUUUCUGCGGCAUCCUUCAAAGGAAGACACAUUAGUAAACUCUGUGCGUCAGCUCGUUCAUGAACAAUACAUCACCGACAUACAGGAAAUGUCAUCUGAGCGUGCAGGAUGGCAUUUUGGUGCAUUGAGUACAACUACAAAGCAGCUGGAGGACUUCAGCAUUGAGGAGAUGGCCCAAGAGAUGGAAACUAGCGCACCU